GAAGCUUAUAAAUUCCGCUAUGGGAUCGCCAAAAGGCGCAGAACUCACAAACGCGUUUUCGUUUUGCUUUCGCUUCUAUAAUUCUAUUCUCUACGCUAUCUUUGGUUAGGGUUUGUUUGUUUGGAUUCAGUGAAUAGUGUGAUCUGAGAUCGGUGACGGCAAUGGCGACGAAGCAGCAAUUGGAGAAGAUGUCGGCACGGCAGUACUACCGUAAUCUCUGGCACACAGAUCUCAUGCAUGCCAUCUCGGCUGAUUGUCCCUAUUGUUGCUUUGCAACGUUCUGUGCUCCCUGUGCAUCAUACAUGUUGCGGAGACGAGCUCUUUACAAUGACAUGUCAAGGUAUGUGUGCUGUGGUGGAUAUAUGCCAUGCAGUGGUAGAUGUGGAGAAAGUAGGUGCCCUGAAUUUUGUCUCUGCACUGAGGUUUUCCUUUGCUUUGCAAAUUCAGUUGCCAGCACACGUUUUAUGUUGCAAGAUGAGUUCAAUAUUCAGACAACAAAAUGCGAUAACUGCAUUAUUGGAUUUAUGUUCUGCCUCCAGCAAGUGGCAUGCAUAUUCUCUAUAGUUGCUAUGAUAGUUGGAAGUAAUGAAAUUGAAGAGGCCUCACGGAUAUUGUCAUGUCUUUCUGACAUUGUUUAUUGCUCGGUUUGUGCUUGUAUGCAGACACAACACAAGAUUGAAAUGGAUAAAAGAGAUGGUAAAUUUGGGUCUCAACCAGCAAUGGCAGUGCCUCCCACUCAACAGAUGUCACGUGUAGAUCAGCCAAUUCCUCCACUAGUUGGCCAUCCUUCUGAACCUUCAUAUGGGCAACCGCAUGGCUACCCCCCUCCUGGUCAAGUUCAAGAUUAUCCUGCUGCUGGUUAUCCUCCUCCACAGGCUUACCCUCCACAUGCUUACCCUCCUCAGGCUUACCCUCCACAGGCUUACCCUCCACAGGCUUAUCCUCCUCAGGCUCACCCUCCACAGGCUUAUCCUCCUCAGGCUCACCCUCCACGGGCUUAUCCUCCUCAGGCUUACCCUCCACAGGCUUACCCACCACCCGCACAACCUCAUGCUGACAGGUGAAUUGGACCAUGAUUCAUGAUGAUGUGCGAGUAGAACCGCUCCAAAAUCUUGAUCUGUUAAUCCAGCGGUCUCCUUGGAGUUUCUGUCUUACAAAUAUCAGGAAUGGAUUUGGUAUUAAUGAUUAAUAUUUUUAGUUUGUAAAGUAAAACUAUUCCAUAUUUUUGUGCUGCUUUUAUCAUUGUGACUAUCAUAAUUCAUCAUAAGAAUUGUUAAUAAGUUGAACUUGUUAUGUUCUUUAAGUUGUCCUACAUUAUACA